AUGCGGACGGGCCGCAGCAAUCCCCCUCUGAGGAACAUCUCGGAUAUCGCGAUCACCCGCACUGGGAAGCCCAUCAUCCGGACGCAAGGUGGAAGAUCUUCUCUUGGAGGACAUACCGUAACGGUCUUCGGAGCAACUGGGUUUCUGGGACGUUAUAUUGUCAACAGACUUGCUAGCCAAGGAUGUACGGUCAUUGUGCCAUUCCGGGAGGAAAUGGCAAAGCGACAUCUGAAGGUCUCUGGAGACUUAGGGAGAGUGAUAUUCAUGGAAUAUGACCUUAGGAACACCCAAUCCCUCGAAGAGAGCGUGAGACAUUCCGACGUUGUAUACAACCUCGUCGGGCGCAUGUACCCCACCAAGAACUUUGAUCUUGAGGAUGUUCAUGUGGAAGGAGCCGAACGUAUCGCAGAGGCUGUUGCAAAGUACGACGUUGAUCGAUUCAUCCAUGUCUCCUCGUACAACGCAGACCUGAACUCUCCGUCGGAGUUCUUCCGAACAAAGGCACAAGGUGAAGCUGUGGUUCGCAGCAUUUUCCCGGAGACAACGAUUGUGAGACCAGCACCUCUGUUUGGAUUCGAGGACCGGCUGCUACAUCGUCUGGCUGGCGUAACGAACAUUUUUACCUCUAACUGGAUGCAAGAGCGUUACUGGCCAGUUCACGCGAUCGACGUCGGAGAGGCACUGGAAAAGAUGCUCCAAGACGACAAUACCGCCUCUCAAACCUUCGAGCUCUACGGUCCCAAGAACUACUCCACCGCAGAGAUCGCUGAAUUGGUGGAUAAGGAAAUUGUCAAGCACCGCCGUCACAUUAACCUCCCCAAAGUGAUCCUCAAGCCAGCUGCCUACUUAUUGAACAGGGCCCUUUGGUGGCCAGUGCUCUCCGCCGAUGAGAUCGAACGGGAAUUCAUUGACCAGAAGAUUGACCCCACAGCCAAGACCUUCAAGGAUCUUGGAAUGGAACCGGCGGAGCUCAGCGACCUGACAUUCCACUACUUGCAAGCAUACCGAAGUGCAGCAUUCUACGAUCUACCUCCGGCAACCGAGCGCGAGAAGAGGGAAGAGAAGAAGUACUUGCACGUUAUUGACGACCAGUAA